AUGUCAAAGAUUUUCACAAAGGAGGACGUAGCGUCCCAUAGCAAAGGCGAGAGCCUGUAUAUUGUGAUCGAUGAGGACGUCUACGAUGUCUCUAAGUUCCAAGAUGAGCACCCUGGUGGGAAGAAAAUCUUGCAACGAGUCGCCGGAAAGGACGCCUCAAAACCGUUUUGGAAAUACCACAAUGAGGGAAUCUUGAAGAAGUAUAAAGCCCAGCUUCAGAUUGGUUCAUUAGACACCAAGAAGGUAGAGGAACCGGCGCCAGCGGCGGACCCAGUUCCAGCCCCUAGAGCUGAGCCCAACCCGGAGCCUGUCUCGAGUGACGUGAAGCCUUCGGCUUUCGCGGAGCCACAAGAUCCUUUUGGCGAGUUGAUUCCAUUUGCCGAUCCUUCUUGGUACCAGGGUUACUCCUCCCCCUACUUCAACGAGACUCAUGCUGCUUUUCGCGAGGAGGUUCGCCAAUGGGUCGACAGCGAACUCGAGCCUUAUGUACACGAGUGGGACGAGGGCAAGGAAGUCCCUGCCCAUAUCUACAAACAGAUGGGUGAACGUGGCUACUUAGCUGGUCUGCUGGGUGUCAAGUACCCUGAGGAGUACACUCCCCACCGUGUUAAGUCUGUGCCACCAGAGCGUUGGGACCAUUUCCACGAGAUGAUCCUAACAGAUGAGCUGUCUCGUGCCGGUAGCGGCGGUCUGGUGUGGAACCUGGUUGGUGGCUACGGUAUUGGUUGCCCACCUUUGGUGAAGCAUGGCAAGAAAGAGCUAGUGGAUCGCAUUCUUCCCGGAAUUUUGGCUGGAGAUAAGCGCAUUUGCCUGGCUAUUACCGAGCCUGAUGCUGGUAGUGAUGUUGCCAACCUUGGCUGUGAGGCGAAGCUCAGCGAGGAUGGCAAGCACUACAUCGUGAACGGCGAGAAGAAGUGGAUCACUAACGGUAUCUGGGCUGAUUACUUUACCACUGCUGUCCGUACGGGCAAACCUGGUAUGAAUGGUCUCAGUGUUCUGCUCAUUGAGCGCUCAGCUGGUGGCGUUAGCACUCGCCGUAUGGACUGCCAGGGUGUGCUCAGCAGUGGUACUACCUAUGUCACCUUUGAGGACGUAAAGGUUCCCGUUGAGAACAUCAUUGGCAAGGAGAACCAAGGAUUCAAGGUCAUCAUGACCAACUUUAACCAUGAGCGCAUUGGCAUUGUCAUCCAGUGCGUUCGCUUUGCUCGAGUCUGCUAUGAAGAGGCAAUGAAAUAUGCCCACAAGCGUAAGACUUUUGGCCAGUGCUUGAUCGAGCACCCCGUCAUUCGCAUGAAACUCGCCCACAUGGCCCGUCAGAUUGAGGCCACUUAUAAUUGGAUGGAGAACAUCAUCUUCCAGGCUCAGUGCAUGGAGGAGACCGAGGCUAUGCUCAAGUUGGGCGGUGCCAUUGCCGGUUUGAAGGCUCAAUCCACACAGACCUUUGAGUUCUGCGCCCGUGAGGCCAGUCAGAUCUUUGGUGGUCUCAGCUAUAGCCGUGGUGGUCAAGGCGGUAAGGUCGAGAGACUUUACCGUGAUGUUCGCGCCUAUGCUAUUCCUGGUGGAAGUGAGGAGAUUAUGCUUGAUCUGAGUAUGCGUCAAAGCUUGCGCGUGUACCAGAUGUUCGGUAUGAAGCUCUAA